GCAAGCUCACAGUGUGAGUGCGUGCGCCUGUGCUUCAUGAUACGCGUACAAUCAGGUGGACGGAGUACGGAUGUAGAGCGCGACGACAAAAGAACUGCUGUUCGACGACGUCGAUAAUACAGAACGUUACUUAACAAUAGGAAUAACACACGUUCCACGUACAAACAUUCGUUGCCGGCAUCGAUCACGUUUAUUUAUACCCAUAUUAGUAAUAAUAAUAAUAAUUGCUCUAUUAAUAAUGUUGAUAUAAUAAUCCUUUGUUAUUACCCAUUAUCGACGUCGUAAUCUUUGCUAAAAAUCGAUUUUGAUUUAGUCUUAAAUGAGGUUUCAGCCGGACGCUACUGCUUUUACAGUGAAUCGUUUAAUUAUUGUUAUUGUCAAUUCUGAAAUUAUUUUUCGCUCUACAACUAACCGCAUUAGUCAUAAUAAUUUUUUGUCAUUCUUCGUCGACCACACCUACUAGUAAUUGCAUUAAAUGUAAUUACACUAGUGACGACAUUACCAGGACACAUAGACACAAAUAUUUAUUGUAUUUGUCUGUAUCUAUAUAAACGAUUUUCAAACUGCUCGACCAGCCAGUUAACACAAAGAUUUCGAAUUAUCUUCUUCGUGCAAACUGUCGGAUUUAAAUCAUCAGCUACGGUUCGAGACAAGUAUUCAUCCCACCGAUCCGAAAUGGUAUACAUGGGCAACAAUGUAGUUGAUCGUGGUCGUCAUCGUCAUCAUCAUCAUCAUCAUCAAGAGCAACAACAUCAACAUCACCAUAGGCAUCAACAUCUCCUUCAUCAUAACCACAGUAAUAACAAACCUAGACUUGAUGAAAAGGACAGUCGCUUCGAUUCCAAUCAUUUCUACUGGGAUGACAACCAAGCAGUCGUGGAUAAUAAUAUUGAUCCAGUUGAUCCCGCUCUGUACCUAUCGGUGGUAGGAAAACCCUUGUUGUAUUCAACAGGUACUCCACCAGAGAGUGACCUGUUGUUUACCAAUAAAAGUGAUGCCAACAAUCUGUUGCUCUCUUCUCCAUUUGACAAUAAUAUUUACAUCAACAAGACACCGACUAAUGACAGGGUCGAUGCUGCUACGCAAGUAUCUGAUUUUCCAAAAACUAUCUGUGAUGAACAAUGUAAAAAUGACUACCAAGUAUCUAUGUUAUCUCAAGCGAUCAGACUCUCCAGUCCUUGCUGUGUCACCAUGGGAAACCGACGUGAACUGAGAGGAUUGUUUCAUUUAAAGCCUUUAGGAAAUCAGGUCGGCGGUCAUACGCGUUUGAUGGUGUUGUCCAGUAAAUCCGGUCAAUCCACCGAUUCGUCGUCCCUAACCAAUUUGGAUUUGGACGUAGGACAAAUGAUCGUCUGCAAACCUUUGAACAUGGGCGAAUUGCAAUUCUACCUGAAACUGGAGGAACAGAACCGGAGGAACCGUUCGUUGAAAAAAUACAACGAGUCUGACGAUUGUGGGCGCGUGCGUUCCCGGAGGAACCGUGACCUGUCCGAGUUCGUGCCACAAUUCGAAGGGGUGAUGGCCCUUUCGCAGGACGACGUCAAUGUUACCGUUCAAGGACGGAACGCUCAAAUGUUGUACUGCCGUUCCUGUUCGGACGACAAAAGCAACCGUAUCGACGAAUUCCAAACCGCCAGACUCAUGACUCUGCCGGAUCCCUCGUCGACUUCGGACAAACAACUGUUUUUACUUUUGGAAAACUUGACUAGCAAACGUAAAUAUAAAUUGCCGUGCAUUUUGGACUUGAAAAUGGGCGUGCGACAAUACAGCGAAUGCGCCACUAUGCAGAAACGAUUGAGACAAACACUUAAAUGCCGAAUGACAACUUCUGCUACUUUGGGCGUACGUUUAUGUGGAAUGCAGAUCUAUCAAGGUUGUUGCGGUACGGGUGACAAUCGAAAUGCGUAUUCUUUGUUGAAACGCGACAAGUAUUGGGGACGACGGUUGGACGUCGACGGGUUUGAACGAGCCCUUAAGCUGUUCUUUUCAAAGUCUACCGCGUCGUCCGAUUUGGACGACGAAAAUGAAGACGGAGACAUUUCAGUGGAUUCGUAUAGACUGGACGUCGUAAAAGGCGUGUUGCGACGUCUCAGACACCUUCGCAACGCCAUCAUGAAGAACGCCGCCGCCACUACUUCAGAUUCUUCACAAGUUCCCAGUUCACGAGCACUUCGUUUUUAUUCUUGUUCGCUUUUGAUUGUCUACGAGGGAGUACCGUCAAGUUUCGGGCCACCGAAAACGCGAAUACCAAUGCAGCGUCAAGAACAGCCAAAAGUCGAAGACAUAGACGAUGGUCAUUCCAACGAGUCGCACGAUUCCAGUUCUUCUCCUAUAAACCAUAUGGUUAACAACGUGAGAAGUCGCAACACUUCGAUAACGACGACCAAAAACGACGAGCUAUCAGACAUAGAUCAACGUCGUCGUCACAGGUGUUCGUCGUCGCUGUGUUACUGCACACCUCCGGCCAGUUAUUCAGACAGCAAUUUCCCGUGGUCCGACGACGUGGACUCGGAAGAGGACGGCCGCGGUUAUUCUUCCAGCGGUUGUUCUUCGUCCUCGGAAGACGAUUCUGACAGCGAAGACGACGACACCACAUCCUCCAGGUCCGCCGACACUACUCCGUACGACGUUCGCAUAAUUGAUUUUGCCAACGCCUCGUUCUUCUCCCGAGACAAUCCUUCGGCUGUCGUCCCGGACACUGACGAUACCGCCCAGUGCGAGUGUUCUCGGGACGACGAUCGGUCCGAAAAGUCUGCCGACCCUUGUAGUCCAGACACUGGAUUCCUACAAGGUCUGCGGACGGUCCGUCGCGUGCUCAGUCAAAUUUUGAAGGAUUCAUCACACCAUAAAUCUAAUGUUGUGUUAUAUGAAGAAACAUCAACUUUAUCAUUAAUUUUUCAAAACUAUCAAGAUAGCAGUUCAGACAAUGAAUCAAACAAUGAUAUAUCAUCUGACAUAUUAUCAGAUGAUGAAAUAUCUAAAGAAGCCCUCAAUCCUUUGAAAACAAAAGGUGAACUAGAUUUAUGUGAUCUACCUCCAAUUGAAACUUUGACCAUUUCUGUUGAAGAGGAACAAUGCAAACCCAUUGGAAAUAUUAAAAGUAUAGUUGAUACUUUAGUUGUUGUUGAAGCAUUUAUAAAUGUACCUCCACUUGAUAUUGACUCUGUUUUGUUUGUGGAUCGGGGGAAACGUGCUUUAGGAAGAAUAUUUGAGGUAGUUGGACCUGUUAACAAACCAUACUACACAAUUAGAUUUAAUGAUUCUGAGCAAAUACAAAAAUUAGAUGUUCAAGUAAAAGAAACUGUAUAUUGUGCCCCUCAAACUGAUUACACUUCAUAUGUGUUUAUUUCCAAAGCUAUGGAGCACAAAGGUAGUGAUGCAUCUUGGAAGGACAACAAUGAGCCACCUCCAGAGUAUAUUGACUAUUCAGAUGAUGAAAAAGAAAAACUCGCAAAGAAAAACAAGAAAAAUAGUAAAAAAUCUCAAAAUUCUAAGAAUACUUGUAAAAAUAAUGAGCUUAAUACAAAUCACAACCAACAACCUCCAGCUCAUUACCCUCAACAUAAUACUCAAUCACUGGGACACCAUGAGUCAUUACAACAACAUCAACCAAUGCCACAACAUCAACCAGUGCAACAACAUCAACCAAUGCCACAACAUCAACUAGUGAAACAACAUCAACCGAUGCAACAACAUCAUCAACUAGUGCAACAACAUCAACCGAUGCAACAACAUCAACUAAUACAACAACAUCAACCAAUACAACAACAUCAACCAAUGCAACAACAUCAACCAGUACAUCAAUAUCAACCGUUACAACCACUGCAACAUUAUCAACAUCAUUCACUACAACAGGAAUCUCCAUAUCAACCUUUUUACUCACAAUCUUCUAAUUAUGCUCAGACAACACCUAUCAUGCCUCCAAGAUUUGGUUUCCAACAGCCUCAAAAUCAAUAUUCAUCAUUUCCUCCACAACCACAAAUUUUUUCUCAAUUCAAUCAACCCAGUUAUCCUCAAAAUUUGCAUAAUAUACCUCCAGGAUUUAACGCACAGCAUCGAAAUUAUAUGUGAUUUAAUAUUUAAAAUAAUUAGAAUUAUAUUUAAAAAAUUUUAUAUUGAUAAUUAUUUGCAUAAUUAUCUGUUAACUAAAAUUGUUGUUUUAUGACCAAAAAAAUAUUGUUUUUAUAAACUCAUUAUUCUUGAGAAUAA